AAACAAUAUGGUGGUUUACAGGGAAUGCGGGAGUGAAAUACAGAACGGAUGUUAUGAGUAAACUGUUGGAAAAGUGGAGACAGGGAUCUAGACUGUGAAACUCUGUGCCACAAUAUGCAGGCGUAUUCUCCUCCGCCUUCCUUGUGGGGACUUGUUGAGCAGCAUGUUUGCUCCAAUGAAAGAGAGGAGCUUAAAGGCAUGCUGGGAGUAUCUUUGGUUGAUCAAAGCCUUGAACUUCAUGAUGAGGUUAAUAUGCUGCUGGACAUUUGGCGUGAAAUGAGAGAUGAAGAAGAAAACAAUGCAACUGCCCGAAGAGGUUUACCUGAGCCACCAAACCAACGAGAGAGGCUGAUACAAGAGAUCUGUUUCUUUGUCGAUAGUGUGAAGGAAAAGGCAAAGAGGAAGGGCUUUGACCCUGAUCAUAUUUUCAAGAAACACAAUUCAUCUGUAUUGGAUUAUGCCAAGGAACAAAGUCGACCAGGCUCUUCAGCUGGACACUCAUCACGUUCUUCAGAUGGUAGAGAAACCCCCUUGAUGGUUGUAUCACCAGACAGGCUGAGUGCAGCUUAUGAACUGGAAGAUGGAAUUGAGGCUGUAAACAAACAGCUCAACUACCUAGAUUUUGACAGGGUUUGUGAAAAUCUCAGGAAGACACUUGAGGAUGAAGUAAACCAGCUUCUCCGUGACAUCCAGUUUCUUCAAGGUUGUCUCGACUGUCAGGCAGAUGUACGAGACUGUAUCACGCCCAGGAACACAUCAAGGGAACCCACUCUCACAGAACUGCGAGAAGAAAGAAGCCAAUUAGAAAAGGAUCUUCUGUCAUCUGAUGUCAUCGCUCCGACCCCGGCUGUUAAUAAACCGCUGUUCAACAAUACACACAGAGUUCUUCCUGCCACCCCACCCAGCCCAACUUCUAAGGUGGCAUUGUCAUCUGCAACUCCAAGCCGCAUUGCCCCCUUGAGAGCUGACCACAACAUCGGUGCCCCUAAUAUCGGAACCAACAUUCUGAAAAUUUCGAGUUCAGGAUUUGAGGCUGGUGAUUCAGUGGGCCAUCAGGUCAAACUUACUACGACAGACCAUCAUGGCCUGAGUCCUUCAGGCUUACGUUCUCUUGCGGAGAACUCAAAUUCAGGCGCUGAGGAAGUAAACGUAGCCAAUAGACCUGAAAUCGGAGCACGGGCAACGAAGAGCGAUGGAGAUGUUGUUUCUCCUCACCCCUCCUCUUUAUCUUUGCUGAUGGAGAGUGGCAGAGGAGCGCCAAGUGGUAGUGCCAGUCUCCCUCUACCCACGCCGCCUUCUGUCAGUAAGCGAGGGGAUGGAGUGACUUUGAACCCAGCUCGGCGUCGAACGGCCAGCCCUGGGCGUGUGCGAGUGGUAGAUGUGACAAAGAUUGUGGACUCUCGACUUGGUAAGAGCUGUGUGAUAACUCCUCCUAAUGGCCAGUCUGCGACAGUGGCUGCUGCUACAAACUCUGACCUCAGUGAACAGCCAUUAGUGUCAGCCCACGAUGGCACUGCUGCAUUGCGACCCAGCUCUGCAAAUCGCUUUAGGAAGAUGGUGAUGGGUUGUCGGGAUGGAGAGUGAAGUUGUGUGAGCUUUUUUUGUGCGUAGGUAAUUUCAUGUACGGUAUGUGAGUAUAAUAUACCCGUGUACCGUACAUGAGAACGCCUACUUAUUGUGUGUGUGCUUGUGCAUGCUAGUGAGAGUUUUGAGUAUGUGUUUUGGCGUUUGUCUGUGUUUGUGUGAACUUGUGUAAAUAUAUGGUAGCAGGUGUGUUCGUAUGUAUAUAAGUGUAUAAAUGUAUGAGUGCAUGUGCUGUGUACAUAUGUGUGUAUGUGCAUGAGUGUGUAUGUGUGUGUUUAAGAGUGUUUUGUGUGCUUCCAAAGAUGUGAAUGAGGGAGUGACCGACAAAGGAAAAAAUGAUAAAAAUUAAGAAAAAUAUGAUAAUUCAAAAGGAUUGUGUGAACUUUAACUUUAGAAUAAAUAUUGCAUAUGAGUAAGAGGGGGAUGGUGAAAUAGACGGAGAUAGCACACAACGGGUUAUAUGUCACUGGUGUAAUUGUCAAAAAUUGCAGUAUCCAUGGUGAAAUGGUUAGGUUCUUUGCUAUUGCAUGAAGAAAAUAUGAGUACAAUUCCUGUGUGAGGUAAUUAUUUUUAUCAAGUAUCUCCAUUUGUCUGCUUGGAUACUGCAUCCCAUUCGGCGAGGAUGGCGUGACCCUGAGUGGCAGGGCGAGGCAUCCCUCCUUAUAAAGAUGCAAAUUGUGUCAAAGGGGCAGUAAAACAUUUACAAUCCAUCAAGAGUCAAGUUUAAUUUAUUCACCAUCCUUUUUAAAAAAGGAAAUAUGCGCUUAAAAUUUUUUUUAAAGCAAUACAGGUUUUAUCCUGACUAGAAAGACAUCCAAGGACUAUAUUCAUAGAUAGUGCUGAUGACAUUCCCCUGGUGUAAAUCAGAACUACACGUGUCUAUUUUUUUAGACCUGAUUGAUUAAAAUUGCCUCAUCCUCUUUUGUAUCAAAAUAGCGAGGCAAAGAAAAUGAUGAGGCCUCUACUAUAGGCAAUGCAUGCAGGCCUUCAAAUAAGAUACAGUUGAAACUGUCUAACUUGGUCACCCAUUGUUGAGGAGAAAAGUGGCCAUCUUAGACUGGUGGCCUUCUCACACGGUGUCAUUAUAAUGUAAAAAAUAAACAAGGAAGGCGAUAGGAGGUCGUUUUUGUACAGGAGAUUGUCUUAUACAAGUGGCCAUUAGAGCAGGUUCAACCAUAUUUUGAUUGAUGAGCAGCUGUGUCAUCAGUCACAUUGAGUGACACAGUAUAAUGCCCGAAUCAGGUGGUUUGAAAACAGAGUGUGCCAAAUACAUUUUGUGAAUAAAAGCAUGUGUUUUCAAACCCAGGAUACUUUGUGAUAUUUUGUAAUGCAUAAACUUAUGAUUCGUUACAUGAUAUUUUGUCCUUGUCUUUUAUCCCUGCUGAUACUUAUGGAGUCACUGAUGCACUGUUUGGACUGAGGACUGACCAGAACACAGGUGUCAAACUCAAGACCCAUGUCGACCCAGCAAACAAUUAUAUCUGGCCCGUGAGAUAAUUUUAGGCAGUCCAUCCUGAGAAUAUCCAUGACACCCAUAACACAGAAUCUUAUACUUAUUCCAAACGUAAACUACUUGCUACCUAGAUGUCAACCAUCUAGCUCUGACAUAUGCAUGAGAAUGAAAAUUGAUAUGCCUUGAUCUGUUAUUAUUUUAAUAAUUAUUGUCUGUUUUAAUUUGUUUAUAUAAUUGUUUUAAAAAUGUUUUGUUUUCCACUGCUGAAUGAGUGUUUAUCCAGUUAGGCCGGCAACCUAAAGGCACUUAAGUUUGGCCCCAAGUGAUUGAAUUUGACACCCGUGGAACAGAGUAGAGAUAGAGACUAAUUGCACUGCAAAGACAAGUACAAUGUACUUAAGUGAAUCGAAUUCGUCGAUUUACAGCGAACUUAAAGUGGAUUUCUGAGGAUAAAGAUGACUGGGGUUUUCUUUGAAUGUGGGUUUUUUAAGGUGCAGUCCUUUUGGGCAAAUUUAAGUUUUUAUAUGUUUGCCUUGGUAAAGUUUCAUUAUCUUGAAUGUUUUGAGCCAAGGUUGGAAAUGUAGAUAAACCACUGAUGUGAGUCCCAUGCGAUGAAUGGCUCAUGUAGAUCAACACCUGGAGUGUUUCUUGGGCAAUGACCCCAUUCACAUAGUUAGAUCCACGCUUACAGUGUCAGCAGUGUUAGUGUGGGCUGUAUUUUCCUUUUACCUUGAUGCUACUGCUGUGCUUCACAUUAAUCACAUUGGCACCCUUUACCAUUUCAUAAGAGGUGCCAGAAGAGGCUGUGACCCCCAUCAUCACUUGGUCAUAGGGUACCUUGCAUUUUGAUAUGUGCUCAACCUUAACCAUUAAUAAUUCAUUUAUAGAAGUACCUGCCAUCCAUGUCAAGGUGCUGUUUGGUCUCUUUCGUUUCUAUUUAUCAAUUUUUUUUUUUCCAUUUCAUAGUUUAUUCUUCCAGUAUCUGUGGUUUUUAAACCUGGAUUUUGCCUUCACUUCUUUUACCACAUACUAUAAUUUAUAUCAAGCCCCUCCCUCCCUACACCAUGAACGAUUAUCAGUAUUAUUGUCCCCACCUGCAAAAUGCCAUUACUAUCAAUACUACAAAUUACUGUAACAUCUUAUGGCUUCUAAAGCAGGUGGGAAAUGCAUAUUUUAUGCUUGGUUGAGAGUCGGAGGUGACUGUAACAAAUUUCUUUUUUUGAAGAAAAUGAUUAAUUAUGUAUGUUAAAGUUCAAAUUGGAAACACGAACAGUGACACAUUGGGAAUGGUAAUUGUAGCAAAACUACUAAGCGGAUUUAUUUGACAUUUGCUGACAUGAUGGAUCAUCAUUUAAAUACCUCAGUUUUGUCAUUUCUGAUAUUCUUGCCAAAAGAGGCAAAAUCGCUUCUGGCUCUCAGCCAAUGAUUACUUAUUUUCUUUAAUAAAAGCAAUACCUUGUUAAACCAUAAUGACGAUGCAUAGUACAAAUGAGUCUGCUUUAACAGAACACAGUUAAUCUGAAAAGAGCGGUAAACACAAAGAAAAUAGAGUCUCCACUUCUUUUUCUUUUAUUUUAGCAACUUUCCUAUACCAAAACCACGGCUGUGUAUAUUGUAGAAAAUCCUGUAGUGCAGUAGGUUUCGGUUUAGGAGGACUCAACUGUAUUUUGAUACAUGCGGAGUGGUUUUUAAGUUUGCUUGGAACCUGUAAUUUAAGAUGCUUUGGUGAGUCUAAGGGUCUGUCCAAAGAUUGUGUGUUUGUGUCUUGAUCUUUUCAUAUAUUUCAUCUAGUCCUCAUUUUCAACAUACAUGUACUUGUGAAAUUAUGGGGGAAAAUGAUUGUGCCAAAUUGUCUUGCUUUCUUACUGAGUUUAUUUACAGCACCAGGUUUUAUCAGGUUCUUAACAAUGGUUUGUACUUCCCCUCAUUAUUAAGUACCAUUUCAGUAGAAUUUAACUUCAUCUUUGCCUUGUCCUAGACAAACUCCGCUUGAUAGGGUGAUGUUAACGGUGGAGUCAAUGAAAAGGUUUGCCCAAAGCUUAGGUGUUGCCUUCAUAAAUUGCUUGACAGGAUGAUAUAGUUUGGCAGGCAGUGAAGACAUUUACCCAGUGGGUAAGUGUUGCUUUCAUAAAUGUUGCAAACAAGGGAUUUUUUCCCUCUGUGGUUUUAAGCUGCUCUCAAGAGAAUAUACUGGAAUGUUUAUCUUUAAAUUUAAAGCAAGUUAUUUUUUAUAGAUUUUCUGUCUUUGACCGCAAUCUGAAUGAAGAAGCCAUUAUACUUUUAAAAAAUUAAACUGAAAGUAUUGAUUGUAAACUAAAAAACAGGGUAAAACUGGGGGGCAUUUUACUUAAGUGUUUACUUCAGUAAUAUUUUGUGCUGUAUAUACUUAUUCCAAGAGUUAUUGAUAUUUCCUGAAUAAUUUACUGUAGGAAAAUUUUGAAACUCACAUAUAUUUAAAAUAUAAGUGCAUUGUUUGAAAAUGCUUCAUCAUCAAUUAUCAAAGCUCUAAACUUUUCUCAUUUUUAGCUUGCAGCGAAUAAUUUUUCUCAGUUUUCAUCCUCACUGUUUCAUCUUGUGCCAUCUUUAAUCUCUCUUAGUUUCAUUGCUCAUUUGAGUUAUCUGAUUUGACAACUUUAUAUUUGAAUUGCUUUCAUUUGCAUAAACUGCUAUUCCUGGUAACUGGUCCGCUUGAUCAGGAACGCAUUUUGCUUUGUGAUCCUGCAAUAUGAAAGGUUAUCAAGUGAGCAUUUUCAGAUCCAGCAUCUUCUUGUUUUGUGUCUAUUUUGUCAGUCUAUAAUAAUAUGUAGAUCUAUGCUUAAUUGAUUCUUAUAGAGCGGAGUGAGGAUUUUCGUUGAAGUGGUCAAGUAUAAUGUAUGUGGAUAUUACACACUUGUACAUUAUCUGUUUUCAGGCUGAUUUUUAUUUUUUGAAUUGCAAAUUUAGAGCACUACUAACUUGCUGUUUAACUGCUUCAGACUUUUGUUUUACUUGAACAAAUAAAAUCUAUCAGUGAAUAAUACACCUGUGCCUUUGGCAUGAAAUGCAAUAAAAGAUAGGAGAGGAAAAAUAUGAAGUAAAAUGAACAGAAUAUAUAUAAAUAACUUUUAUAUAUAGCCUACGUUUACUGUGAGUUAUGAUGAGGAAUGGGGAAAAUGGCAUUGUGUGUUUGGAUGCGACCAGAUUGGUUACUUUGGUGUGAGUUGUAACUAUUUGCAUAUGAACAUGUGCAUAAGAGUGUUUGCAGAAUGGAAAUGGUGGAGGAUGUUAUACUUUUAGUUUUCUUUUAGAGAGAUUGAGAUUGGAGGUAAAUCUUUAUUAUUUGUAAAAGAAACCCAAAAGAAAUUGGAGUGAUGACACUGUAAAAUUAAUAAUUUUUGGUCUGGAUAGGCCUGUGUAAACUAUGUUACAAGCAAUUAAAGAACUUCUACAAAGC